CCGGGGGUUAAAGCUCUAAACUUACCUUCGUUCAAUAAUAAAACUUCCCCGGCUUUACAUGUGAAGAGAUCUUAUGCGGUACACGAGUACAAAGAACUGGGCUUCAUACAUGCCGAUAACUACCUACUCGUACACUUUCUACGUCUUUGCAGCAUAGAACCAAAGUUCUUGACGGCUCACGGAGUAGCAUCUUCCCCCACACUUUCACAAGCUUCAUACCCAAGUAGGUAAUCCUAGGUAAUCCUAGGUAUUCCUAGGUAUUCCUCCCCAUCUUCAUCGGCUACAUCAACAUCACGUAGCCAGUCAUCUACCCUCCUUCCAGCCGAGCAUAGUCGGAGAGCGACCUAUACAUAUACCUUAUACCUACAGUACUGUAUUGUACAUAAGUCUGAGACACCCCUCCUUUUAGAAAGGGGAACCUCGACUUUAAAGCGGUUACAUCCCUUGGCUUCUACACUAUCUUCUACCCGAACUUGUCGCCGCCGCUUCUUAUAACCGUGGGAACCCAUUGUUAUCUGCUCCGUAGCCGUAUUGCCGCUAAUCCUUUCGGAUACCAGGCUAGACAAAGGAUUUUAUAUAUUACUACUGAUUUCUCUUCGUACUCUACCUAGCUCUUUAUAGCUAUUAGAUAUUAACCAAAACAAGUCUCGUCGUCAGAACCAAAGAUCCGAGGCAAUUAACUACCUAUAUAUCCCAGCGAAGUGAAUCUUGAAGGCGCUAUUUCAAAACACAAAAGAUAUAUAUAAUCAUGGCAACCACCGACAGCAUCUUGCAAGGUGUAUCUAUCUCUGGCACUGUGCAGCCAGAGCAUAAAAAGAUCCUGACGCCAGAGGCAUUGGCCUUCCUAGCACUGCUUCACCGAUCCUUUAAUAGCACUCGCAAGACACUAUUAGAGCGUCGUGUCGCACGUCAGGCUGAGAUCGACAAAGGCAACUUGCCGGACUUCCUACCUGAGACAAGACACAUCCGUGAGAAUCCGACAUGGAAAGGCGCGCCACCAGCUCCGGGUCUUGUCGACCGGAGAGUAGAGAUCACAGGCCCUACCGACCGCAAGAUGGUCGUAAAUGCGUUGAACUCUGAAGUAUGGACUUAUAUGGCGGAUUUUGAAGACUCAAGCGCCCCGACGUGGGACAACAUGAUCAACGGCCAAGUAAAUCUAUACGAUGCUGUACGGCGGCAGGUUGACUUCAAGCAAGGCCCGAAAGAGUACAAGCUACGAACAGACCGCGUGCUCCCCACGCUUAUUGUGCGACCGCGAGGAUGGCACCUCGAUGAGAAGCACGUUACAGUAGACGGUGAGCCGAUCUCGGGCUCUCUAUUUGACUUUGGCCUGUACUUCUUCCACAACGCGCGCGAGUCCAUCAAGCAAGGCUUCGGCCCAUACUUCUACCUACCCAAGAUGGAGUCGCAUCUAGAAGCGCGCCUCUGGAACGACGUAUUCAACCUAGCGCAGGACUCAGUCGGCGUCCCGCGCGGCACGAUCCGCGGGACGGUCCUCAUCGAGACGAUCCUGGCCGCCUUCGAGAUGGACGAGAUCAUCUACGAGUUGCGGGACCACAGCUCGGGGCUUAACUGCGGCCGCUGGGAUUACAUCUUCAGCACCAUCAAAAAGUUCCGCCAGAACAGCGGGUUCGUCCUGCCGGACCGCAGCGCGGUUACCAUGACGGUCCCAUUCAUGGACGCGUAUGUCAAGUUGCUGAUUCAGACGUGCCAUAAGCGUGGUGUCCAUGCUAUGGGCGGCAUGGCAGCGCAGAUCCCGAUUAAAGAUGAUAAGGAGGCGAAUGAUAAGGCGAUGGAGGGCGUGAGGGCUGAUAAGUUGCGGGAGGUGCGCGCUGGUCAUGAUGGUACGUGGGUAGCACAUCCGGCUCUGGCAUCUAUUGCCUCCGAGAUUUUCAACAAGCACAUGCCGACGCCUAACCAGCUGUUCCGGCGACGGGAGGACGUUAAGGUCGGUCGAAAUGACUUGCUCAAUAUGAACGUACCCGGUAAGAUCACCGAGGAUGGUAUCCGGAAGAACUUGAACAUCGGCCUGGGUUACAUGGAGGCUUGGAUCCGCGGUAUCGGUUGCGUGCCUAUUAACUACCUGAUGGAGGACGCCGCCACAGCCGAAGUUUCCCGGUCACAGCUCUGGCAAUGGGUACGCCACGGCGUGACCACAGCUGAGGGCAAGAAAGUCGACAAAGCCUACGCGCUGGCGCUGCUAAAAGAACAGACGGACCAACUCUCUGCCAACGCGCCCAAGGGCAAUAAGUUUGGCCUCGCGUCGCAGUACUUCGCAGGCCAGAUCACAGGAGAAGACUACGCGGAUUUCUUGACAACUCUACUAUACGAUGAGAUCACUGCGGUAGGGAAUGCGGCGCCUGCUAGUAAGCUAUGAGAUCGAGAGGGCCUUAUGCGAGGGGGUUGACGGGGAUGUGGUAGAUAUAAUGGGGAUGCGAAAGAGUGAGAGUGAGAGUGAGAAAAAUGCGCCGUAACGUAUCGUAAUGUGACGGGGACGGCGUUUUGUAUGUAUGCUAUUACGAAGGGUACGAGAUUUAAAAAUGUCUGGUUUGCGUAUCUGUUUGCAAUUAUCUAUUUUCUAUCAUGGAUUAGACUUUAACCCUUGCGUGAGAUGUGUGGAUUUGUUUAUUGUAAGCUGGGUGGAUGAUACUGGGAAUUGACCAGUCUCUUUAACAUUAUGUAUGUGACUUUAUGCCCGAGAGGUAUUGUAAGAGAGAUAUUAUUUCUAGGAUCUCGUCUAGAGAUAGUGACUUAAUAGCCUAACA